GAGGGAGUUUAUAGGGAGAGUCACCGGGAGCUCCAAGGCCGCUGGGGGACAGGGAUCCCGGUGACAAAGAUGGGGGUGUUUUCUCUGUCUUCUACCUGGAAACCCCAAAGGCCCCGUCAGGCACCGUAGACACUUCCUGGGGCCCAACGGAAGGUCGUACCACUCCAAAACGUCCCCCUUCUUUCCUGGGGAGUGAAACCCAACCCCCGGUGUCCGUUCCAGCGGAGCGUCAGCGGGCGAUGCCCCGGUCAACCGGGCGGUCCGGGUUCCGCGCCGGCGCAGCCUCCGGCCUCAGCCAGGAGAAACAUCUGCCUGUCGGGCUGGGCUGGGGCGAGGCAGCCGUGGCCUGGGCCACGGGUGAGGGCAGAGUAACCGGUGGGAAGGCUCCGUUUUCACGAAGGACUCGGGUGAAGCUGCAGAGCUGCCUUUGAGCCCUGACUCCUUGGCUUCCUGGGUCGAUGGAGAUCUUGUAAUGGAGUGGUUCUUCGUCUCACACUAACAAGAUGCCUGAUUACCUCAGGAUCGAGGGGUAUUAGAAGAAAUCUAGAGAUGCUCUAAAGCCUACAGGAGAUGUCAUAGGUUAUAUGCAAGUACUGUGCCAUUUUAUAUGAAAGUACUUCAGAAAGUUAGUGGAAAAUGGAAUUAAAAGAUUGAAGAAUGUCCCGGGUUCCUUUGGGGAAAGUCCUCCUGAGGAAUGUCAUCCGGCACACAGAUGCUCACAAUAAGGUGGGAGAUUCAGGAGGAAUCAGAUAUGUGGAAAAUAAGAGAACUAGAGAAACAGAUGGAAGAUGCUUACCAGGGGACCAAAAGGAGAAUGUUGCCCAGCAGUUCAAGAUUUAUUUGUUUGAAAGGCAGAGUGAAAGGAGAAAAAGAGAUCUUCGAUCUGCCAGUUCACUCCCUGUAUGGCCACAAUAACCUGGCCCAAGCCAAAGCCAGGAGCCAGGAACUCCAUCUGGGUCUCCCAUGUGGAUAUCAGGGACCCAAGUACUUGGGCCAUCUUCCACUGUUUCCCAGCCGGAUGCGUAGUGAUGGCUUUGAUGAAGAAAGUCAAAGAGAUUAUUGGAAGCCAAAGAAUGAAAUUUCUGGGACACUGGAAGAUGAUUUUCUUAAGGCUAAAUCCUGGAACAAGAAGUUAUAUGAUUAUGAAGCUAACAUGCCAGACAGAUGGGGUCACAGUGGUUAUAAAGAGUUAUACCCUGAAGAAUUUGAAACAGACAGUAGUGAUCACCAAGAUAUUACCAAUGGGAAAAAAGCAUCUCCCCAAGUAAAAUCAUCAACCCACGAAUCCCGCAAACACAAGAAGUCAAAGAAAUCCCACAAAAAGAAGCAGAAAAAAAAGUCACACAAAAAACAGAAGAAAAGCAAAAAGGAAGCCACAGAUGUAACAGCAGAUUCAUCAAGUGAGUUCUCAGAAGAAGCUGGGGCUUCCAGUACCAAGAAGAGGAAACAGCCACAUAAGCGCAAGAAGAAGUCCAGGAAAAAGUCUCUCAAAAAAUCUGCUUUAUUAGAGGCAGAAAAUGACACUUCCCAGUCAGAUGACUCAGCAUCUAGUAGUUCUGAAGAAAGUGAGGAAAGAGACACUAAGAAAACCAAAAGGAAAAGGGGAGAUAAAGUCCACAUCCCUGUAGCUAACAAUGAAAUACAGCAGAGGACAAACAAACGCACAAAUUGGAAAGUGGCUACAGAUGAGAGAUCUGCUGAGAGCUCAGAGGAUGACUAAAUGGGAAAGAAAUACUCUUUUCCCAAGUGAGACUGGAUACGUGCAGCUCUUAACAUCUUGGGGUUUUGCCAGUGACUCAUUCAGUACAGGGGGUCACAGCUGUUUUGUGCCAUCUGUAUGUGUUCUGACAGCCUCCUCCUUUUUUAUUUUAGCCUGUUAAAACUUGAUCCCCUUUUCUUGAAAAUAGGGACGCUGGUAUUGUUAAAAGGUUUCUGGAAGAGAUUAUUUUUUUGCAAUUAAUCACAUAUAGUGUAUAGUACAUAUAUCCCAAACUAAAGGGCCCAGAAAGCUGAAUCCAAUAAUGACCUGUAUACACCAGUUAGAAUGUUGACUUUGGGGAUAUGAACGGCUGAGAACAAGAGGUGGAAUGGAACCAGUGGUGGGUAGUAUUUUGCUUUGUUUGUAUCGCAGGUUUCACAGCUGACCUGUUUUCACCCCAGGUGCUUUGAUCCUUCUAUAUUUUGACCCCACGAGUAUGGAUGGUCCAGUUUAUUUAAUGAGAAAACUGACCUAACAAUGUACCUUUUCCCUUCAUGGUAACAAUCAUAGACUGCAUUUUCUAGAAGGGACUAAGAUUUUUCUGUCAGCUGAACAGGAUUCAGGGCAGCAACUGCCACCUAAAUGUUGUCUUCCUUGUUCAUUUCUAAAUUUAUUACUGAACUUUAGAUUUUCCCUGAAACUAAGUUGAAUCAUUUCCAAAAUGAAACAGGCUUCUCAGGGACACUACCAUUUCCUCCCAGUUUGCCUUUAAAGCACCAGAGGCCACAUGAUUUCCAUUUGCUGUACUGUGACCCCUACUACGUUAUUCUUUAACCAAACUAUCCCUGAAAGAAGGCUGGCAGAACACAAGUGGAAUUGUUUCGUUAAAGGAGAAAUGAUCAAGUGACAUACACUGUCAUUGGUUUUUUUUUUUUUCUGGUUGUCACUUAAUGGGCUAAGUAAAAAGCUUCUACACUCACUCUUGGUCUUGGUUCUGCCACUAACUUGUUCUAAGUUCUAGAGCAGGUAAGUUAACCUACCUGGCCUCACUUUCCCUAUGAAAUACAGAGUUACUUCAUGGUAGCAUGACUGUUUAAAGACACCAGCAAUAGAAUACAACUAUGACAGCAUUCCAUGAGGUGAUAUUUAUAGUCCUCACUACUAAAUUUGUUCUCUUUACAAAACAGAUAUCUAAUAAAGUGCUUGGUCUUAAAAUACAUCUUUGGCCAGAUGUGCCCCAUCCUUGUAUCCCGAUUAUGAGCUGGUGCUACCUUCUGGUAUAUUUAUUUGAAAUAUUAAUACUUUGGUACUUAAUUAUCAAUGAUCCAUGGUAUGUAUUUCUAUCUUUGGGAUUAAUGGAGAAAUAAUGGGGGAAGAAGAGUCUACUUACUACCUCUUAACCUAAAGCAACCGUUUGUUCUUAGAGCAAAUGAAAUCUUUUUUGGAAGUUUUUAGCCAUGUAAUUUUUUUUUAGCAUUUUGUAUGUGCUUCUAAGAGUAUUACUGAUUCAAAGCACAGACUCAGGAAAGUGGGCCAGUAGAACAAGGCAUCUCCAAGAAGCUAGUUUUAUUUGGACCUUGGUCUUCCCUUCCCAUACUAGUAGGUUUAUCUCCUUUCCCAAGGAACACACAUCAUGCCUGUUUUUUUGGGGUCAUGUUUACCUUUUUGGUCAUGUAUAAGCAAUAAAGCUGUUUUCUGUUCUUCA